AAUUCAACUAAACCACAACCAUUAAUUCACAUAGUUUGUUUCUUGUCCCAUUACCGAUAUUCAAAAGAUGGGCAUCCAACAUGUGCUGGUUUUGCCAUUUCCUGCUCAAGGGCAUGUCAAUCCUCUGAUGCUCUUGUCAAAAAAACUAGCUGAACAUGGCUUCAAAGUCACUUUUGUCAACACAGAUUUCAACCACAAGAGAGUGUUGAGUGCAACAAAUGAGGAGGGAUCAGCAGUGAGAUUAAUCUCAAUCCCAGAUGGUUUAGGCCCUGAGGAUGACAGAAAUAACGUGGUCAAUUUAUGUUCGGAAUCCUUAAGCAGUACCAUGACUUCUGCCCUUGAGAAGGUCAUAAAGGAUAUUGAUGCACUUGAUAGUGCUAGUGAGAAAAUCACAGGUAUAGUGGCUGAUGUGAACAUGGCAUGGGCCUUGGAACUCACAGAUAAGCUAGGAAUCAAAGGUGCUGUCUUCUGCCCUGCUUCAGCAGCUGUUUUAGUCUUGGGUGAGAACAUUCCAAACCUCAUUCAAGAUGGGAUCAUAAAUACCGAAGGGUUCCCGAUUAUAAAAGGGAAAUUUCAACUAUCCCCAGAAAUGCCAAUUAUGGACACAGCUGACAUUCCAUGGUGCAGCUUAGGUGACCCAACCAUGCACAAGGUUAUAUAUAAUCAUGCGUCAAAGAUUAUACGAUAUUCACAUUUAACAGAUUGGUGGCUUGGAAACACCACAAGUGACCUUGAACCUGGUGCUAUAUCUUUGUCUCCAAAGAUCCUACCAAUUGGUCCACUCAUAGGGAGUGGUAAUGACAUUAGAUCAUUGGGGCAAUUCUGGGAAGAAGACGUCUCUUGCUUGACCUGGCUUGAUCAACAACCACCUUGUUCUGUCAUAUACGUUGCCUUUGGUAGCUCUACUAUUUUUGACCCUCAUCAACUCAAGGAACUAGCUCUUGGACUUGACCUCACAAACAGGCCUUUUCUGUGGGUUGUUCGUGAGGAUGCCAGUGGAAGCACCAAAAUCACAUACCCAGAUGAAUUCCAAGGCACUUGUGGUAAAAUUGUUAAAUGGGCACCUCAACAAAAGGUGUUAAGCCACCCUGCAAUAGCUUGUUUUAUUAGUCACUGUGGUUGGAAUUCUACCUUGGAAGGUGUGUCCAAUGGGGUACCUUUCUUGUGUUGGCCAUAUUAUACUGACCAAUUAGUUGACAAGGCUUACAUUUGUGAUAUGUGGAAGGUGGGUUUGGGAUUCGAUUUGGAUGACAAAGGGCUGAUAUCACGUUGGGAGAUAAAGAAGAAAGUAGACCAAAUCCUUGGAGAUGAGAACAUAAGGGGAAGGUCUCAAAAACUGAAGGAAAUGGUUCUAAGUAACAUUGCAGAAGGGGGACAAUCCUAUGAGAAUUUUAACAAGUUUGUGGAGUGGCUCAAGGAAUAAAAAUGUAUUUGUUGAUGCUCUGAUGUUGUGAACAAUGUUUAUGAUGUUCCUGAAAAAUAUUGAACAUUUAAAUUUAGCUACCUGAUAUAGGCAAUAAAUUAGAAUUCAUGUUAUCAAAACCUCCUUAAUUAGUAUUAGGUGACAACCAUAACAAAACUAAACAAUCAAAUAAUUUGUUGUUGUUGAGCAACAAUUUGUAUCUA